GCGUUCCUUCUGUUUCCGUGUCUGUGCUGAGGAGCUGAGGUGUGAUUUGACAGGACUUCUUUAUUCGCCACAAUGCAGGAUCCAAAUGAAGACACAGAGUGGAACGAUAUCCUGAGGAAGAAAGGCAUCCUUCCUCCUAAAGAGAUUCCUAAAGAUGAUGAAGAGGAGGAAGAAGCCCUCCAGCAACAGUCAGUGGUUAAGACCUAUGAGAGCAUGACACUGGAGGAACUUGAGGAGAAUGAAGAUGAGUUUGGUGAGGAUGAUGAGGCUGCCAUUGAGAUGUACAGACUGAAGCGACUGGCAGAGUGGAAAGCAACUCAGAUGAAGAACGUGUUCGGGGAGGUGGGGGAAAUUUCUGGUCAGGACUACGUCAAGGAAGUCAACAAGGCUGGAGAGGGCAUCUGGGUGGUGCUGCAUCUCUACAAGCAGGGCAUCCCUCUGUGUACCCUCAUCAACCAGCACCUGAGCAUUCUGGCUGGGAAGUUCCCUCAGACAAAGUUCCUGAAGUCCAUCUCCACCACCUGCAUCCCCAACUACCCUGACCGAAACCUGCCCACCAUCUUUGUCUACUUCGAGGGGGAGAUGAAGGCCCAGUUCAUCGGUCCUCUGGUGUUUGGGGGCAUGAACCUCAAAGUUGAAGGUAGGAUCUGA